CUUUGCUGGCUUUCGACAAGUAGGGUUUUUUUCGGAAUCUAUUAUCAGAGAAGAUAAAAGGGUCGUCCCUUCGACGAGCGUAAGAACACCCAAAUUGAAUAAGAAAGAAGCAGCAGAGGACUCGAUUCGGGAGUUUACAGUGCGUCGAAGCCAUGGGAAGAGGAAAGUUCAAGGGAAAGCCCACUGGUCGACGCCAAUUCUCCACUCCCGAAGAGAUGCUUGCUGGUACAUCAACUCGACCUCGCACAUUUAAACGGGAAGAAGCUGAAGUAGAAGAGGAAGAGAAUUCUGAAGAAGAAUCUGAAGAGGAGUCCCAGGAUGAAAAUGAAAAGAGGAAAGGCACCCAAGGUAUUAUUGAGAUUGAUAAUCCUAAUUUGGCAAAGCCAAAGACAUUGAAAGCUAGAGAUAUUGAUAUUGAGAAAACGACUGAACUUUCAAGACGUGAGAGAGAAGAAAUAGAGAAACAGAAAGCUCAUGAAAGAUAUAUGAGGCUGCAAGAACAAGGAAAAACAGAGCAAGCAAGGAAAGAUUUAGAGCGUUUAGCCCUCAUACGGCAACAAAGGGCAGAGGCUGCGAAAAAGCGAGAAGAAGAGAAAGCUGCCAAAGAACAGAAGAAGGUAGAAGCUCGCAAAUGAUCAUGACAGGUGCCGUAAGUUAUUCUAUGGAACAAGUACUUCCUAUGAGAAGUAUGUGUUAAAAAUUUGGAUUGUAUCAAGGAUUAUUAUUAUUCCCAUGUUGGUACGAUGAAAACUAAUUUCCCCUAUUUUCAUGUUAUUGCGUCUUAUAUAAGAAAUGGAAUUUGAAUACUCUUAAUCACAA